AAUUUAAGUCGCACGUAAAAAAUCAUAUCUCAUCUCAUCUCAUCUCUUGUGAUCUGCCUAUCAAUUGAUUAAAUUAUUUAGCUGCUUAAGGAAAUGACGGCGGGCAAAUCUCCGGCGGCCGGCGGCAGCACCACCAGCACCCAGGCCUACGGAGAAGCAUGGUAUUGGGACAACCGCUACUCGCAGGAUCCCUCCACCUUCGAUUGGUACCAAAAAUACCCCUCCCUCGGCCCCCUCAUCCGUCUCUAUAUCCCCACCCACCACCACCCCAUUCUCGUCGUCGGCUGCGGCAAUUCCGGUUUUAGUGAGGAAAUGGCUGAUGAUGGAUACAAUGAAGUGACCAAUGUUGAUAUCUCCAGAGUGGUGAUCGAAGCAAUGCAAGCCAAGUACUCGGAUAAUCCAAUGCUGAAAUAUAUGGUUAUGGAUGUACGAGAUAUGAGCGCCUUUGACACGAGAUCUUUUGCUGCUGUUAUAGAUAAAGGGACACUGGACUCUCUUUUGUGUGGCUACAGCUCGCGACAAAAUGCUGCUAAAAUGCUUGAGGAGGUCUGGAGGGUACUCGAGGAUAAAGGAGUAUAUAUUCUGAUCACGUAUGGGUCUCCAGUUUAUCGACUACCAGUAUUGAAAGAGUUAUCUUGGAAUAUUAAGCUUCAUGUGAUAGGGAAGCUUCAAUCUGGGAAUACUUCAAAUUUGACCAGGGAUCUGACAACUCCAAUUCCUUUAGAUGCAAAUGGAGGCUCAACAGAAAGUGUAGGAAUAAAUGCUGAUGUUCACUAUAUCUAUGUGUGUAUUAAGGAUGAGUCUGGGAAGAACAAAGCAUGAGCCAGCCGUUUGGGGGAAUUGCUUCAGAUGUAACUGUAUUCCAUAGUAGGAUUAUCGCUAAACCCCUAGUUUUAUACGUGAUUGUGAUUAAUAAAUUAAGCUGAGAUUGUUGCCUGCUAUUUUGAAGAGUAAAGUCCUUUAGUUUGGUCAACCACUAAUAAUACGGAUGCGUUGCUUGGUGAUUAUAAUAUUUGAUUAUGGUUGUGUAUUAGGAGACAAAAUGCUGUCUUUUUUUCCCUUCUAUUGUUUUGCCUUUCUAAUGUUAAGUUUGAAUAUAGCAGUAUUAUUUA